AUGGCAGCAGAAACAGAUGCUGGCCUGAACGGCCAUGCUACUGACUCUUCCACAAUUCCCAAAGCAACCACAAACCCUGAGGACAUCGAACUCUCAACUCAAACAGACAAGAUGCACGAGGAACAAGUCCACAUUGAAUACAUCCACGGCCCUCGGUUUAGGUUCAUUUGCGCUGCUGUCGCAAUCCUGAUGUUCAUCACGAACAUGGAAAUACCAGUCCUGAUCACGGCUUUGGUCGCUAUCACUGAGGACCUUGGUGGCUUUGGCGACGUGAGUUGGGUAGUCUCCAGCUACCUGCUGGGUUACGUCGCCGUUCUCAUUAUCUUCGCCAAGUUCAGUGACAUUUUCGGCCGAAAACCUAUCCUCUUGCUGUCCACAUCCAUCUUCAUCAUAUUUUCCGCCGGCUGCGCUGCUGCCCAGACAUUGACACAACUCAUUAUCCUUCGAGCUUUUCAGGGGAUCGGUGGUGGUGGUUGCUUCUCUCUCUGCACGAUCAUGGUAUUGGACUUAGUGCCUCCAGAGAAGUAUGCAGAGUUCGUUGCGAGCAUUUCUGUAACCAAUGCUUUGGCUCUCCUGGUGGGACCUAUUGUUGGCGGAGCGAUAGACGCUAAUACAACUUGGAGAUGGAUUUUCAUUAUCAAUGUUCCGAUAGCUGCCCCAGCCUUUGUUAUUUCCCUCCUCGCUAUACCGAACCGUUUUCCAUACCAUGGGCAGGUCAGCCGUUCAGCGAUAAUGACUGCCCAGGGUCACACUGCGAAAAAAACAAUGCAACGCAUAGAUAUCCCGGGAACAAUUUUGGUGCUCUUGGCUGUACUAGCGUUGACGUCUGCCUUUGAGGAGGCUGAUAAGCUGUUCCCCUGGAGAUCGGCAUACGUGAUCACCUUAUUAGUCGCAUCCGGAAUCUUGUGGAUGUUACUCAUUUUAUGGGAGAGGCAUGUCACACUUUCCGACGGUAUUCGGGAGCCGGUGCUGUCGUGGAGAUUUCUCAUCAACCGCCAGAUGCUGGGCAUAUUGCUCAACUUUGUUCUUUUGGGAGGGCCCACAGUUAUUGGGAUGUUCAUCAUCCCGCAGAGAUUUCAACUGGUCUAUGGUACUUCCGGGCUCGAUGCGGGUGUCAGAUUGAUCCCAUUCACGGCGGCCAUUCCGCUUAGCUCGAUAUUUGCAUCCGGCCUGGCCGGAAGGCGCAAGGUCCCACCGUUAUAUCUGAUCAUAGUAGGCUCCUGUCUGCAAGUGCUUGGCUUUGCUUUGAUGGCUACGCUGCCUUCGACACUUGACAUACCAGCUCGGAUCUAUGGGUUUGAGGUCAUCGCUGGAUGGGGAUGCGGGAUCAACUUCUCUCUACUGUUCUUGAUGAUACCAUUCGUCAUUGAAAAACGCGACCACGCCAUUGGUCUUGCGGCUGGAUCACAGUUCAGAUUCAUUGGUAGUUCUAUGAUUCUGGCGAUCUCAUCCUCUGUCUUCAACAGCUUUGCAAGAUCACGACUCCGAGAUCUAGGUGUCGGCGAUCCCGAUACUUUAGCCUUCAUCCUUCCCACUCUUCCCAACGCGAUACAAGAGCAGGUUCGGUACACUCUAGCCGAGGGAUACAGUCGCCAGACCCUUACUCUUUGCAUAUCCGCGGCUCUGCAGGUACCCGCCUCUCUACUGAUGUGGAAGAAGAAACCUGUGGUGGUUUGA